AUGGUGGAAAUGUUGCUCGAAAACGGCGCGAUAUGUUCCUCUGGGAACACUAUAUUGCACCAGUUUAUAAAAGUAGCUGUUUGUACAGACAUAAUAAAUAAUUUCUUAGAAAACAUAGAUAUUGAUGUAAAUGCUAAAAACCAUAAUGGAAUAACGGCACUACAUCUUGCCUGCCAGCAUGGAAAUUUUGAUACCGUAAAGCUGCUAGUUACGAAGAACGCAGAUGUGCAUGCUUUAGACGAUAAUGGUGAAAACGUGUUACACUAUGUAGGCCAAACACUCGAUAAUGGCGAAGCUAUAACAAAACUACUAUUAGAGCGUGAAGUUGAUAUAAAUUGUUUAGAUAGACGCGAAAGGACAGCUUUACAUUAG